GCGUUAGCCCUGGGGGAGUGGGUAAAAACGCAAGCUCACAGUUCAGCACAGGGGUCGGGGUAGUAAAAGAAGUUUUGGACAAGUAACCUCUAAAGGAGAGAUUUGGGUAGAAUUAAGCGGUCGGUUUUAAGCUCUCAGUGUGUGUGUGUGUGUGUGUCUGUCUGUCUCUGACUACCCGUCGAUGUAGUCCUGCUUGGUGUCGCAGUAUUUCUCAACUUGCUCAGGACAAUUUUUCUCAUGGGACUGUGUUGUAGGACGUACAGCAUCCCAGGUCUUGGGGCACUGAAAGGCCUCGCACACUCCCAGAGUAUGGAGUGGUUGGGGGCGCGGCAUACCGCCUGCGCGGAGAACCAAUAGGAUCACUGUACGGCCGUUCUGUCCACGGUUGGUGGCAGCAACUGCCAACUGCCUACAGAAAGGGUGUUUAGGUAGCUCCAUCAUGGCUGCCGUUGAUAUUACAGACAUCCUGCCCAAAUGAUUUCUUCAAAGCCCAGACUUGUCGUACCUUAUGGCCUCAAGACUCUGCUCGAGGGACUUAGCAGAGCCGUUCUCAAAACCAACCCACCAAACAUCACCCAGUUUGCAGCAGUUUAUUUUAAAGAACUCAUUGUGUUUAGAGAAGGGAAUACUUCUCUGGAUAUAAAAGAUCUCGUUAAACAAUUUCAUCUGAUUGAAGUAGAGAGAUGGUCAGAAGGAAUGACACAAGAGAAGAAACCAGAAUGUGUAAAAGAACCGGUAGGAACAUCCAUAGUUUCCCACGAACCUACACGGAUGGAAAAAUCUACAGACACAGAGGAGGACAAUAUAGCUGGACCACUGUUCAUCAGCAAAACCACUCAGUUCCCAUCAGUUCAUGCUGAGCUGCUCCCAGAGCCCGAGGAGACGACCGAAGCCGCUCGAGACUCCAGUUCAAAGCCAACUACCUCUAAGGCUAUGAGCCCACCGUCGUCACCGUCUCCGGCAGCUGGCUCCCCGGAGUUUGCUUAUGUCCCAGCCGACCCAGCUCAGUUUGCUGCUCAGACGUUAGGUAACGUUGCAUCUAUUCAUUCUGAUCAGUCUGACGUGUUAAUGGUGGAUGUGGCAACAAGUUUGCCUGUGUUUUCCGAGGAGGUGCUCAGCUCAGAGGCUGCCGAAGAUGCCGCGGCAGCCACUCCUGCUGUGUAUUCUGCAGAGGUGGUGGCCCUGCAGGUUCUGAGCCAAACAUCUGUCCGUGUAGAUUUGGGUUCUGAAUCUAAAGACGAUGACGCUGAGCCAUCAACGGCUUCCUCAUUCCCCUUGCAGGAUGAACAAGACCCUCCUGCUUACGAUCAAGCUCCUGAGGUCCCUUUGCAGGCUGAUAUUGAGGUCACAUCAUUCGUUCAUAUAUCCUCUAUCUAUAACGAUGAGCCUGUGACUGAAGGAGUCACUUAUGUCGAGCAAAUACCAGAGCACAUAGUUAUCCCUGAUGACGUUGCUACUCUUAAAGAAAAUGAUCAGUCAUCACCCUCUGGUCCCAUUCCUGUAGCACUCAUGAGGGGCUCAGGCAAAGCCGUAGGUUCUGGAAAACGUGCACAGUCGGAGGAGGACGCAGAAUAUUCCUCGGUGCAAAUGGAGGCAGAAGCAGUUCUGUACUCCAACACCUCCCUGCAAGGUCCGCCUGCACAACUCCAGGAUGCAGAGGGCUCUACCAAUGCAGUAGGCUCUGAAAAAUCUUUGCACCUUGAAAUGGAGUUUACUGCUCUAGUCCCUGGCAAUCCUGGGCAGGAGGAAUCCAGGGAAAACUCUGCCACCCAGGAGAUGGAGGCCACACUUGCGCUCUCUGGGGAAGCUGCCAAAGCAGGGAGCUUGGGUGCAUCUGUAAGGUCAUCUGGUGGUCCCCCCAUUCCUGUUCCAGAAGGUCUUACUGAGCCAGAAAUCGAACCAGAGUGGGAAGCAGCACCCGAACAAGGUUUGAUGGAGCCAGCCAUAGCAGCAAGUGAAGCAGGACAACCACCACCAUAUUCUAACAUGUGGACCCUUUAUUGUCUAACUGAUAUGAAUCAACAAAGUCGCCCAUCACCGCCACCUGCACCUGUGCCUUUCCCCCAAGCAACCCUCUAUUUAUCUAAUCCUAAGGAUCCACAGUUUCUGCAGCAGCCACCGAAAGUUACUUCUCCAACUUACGUGAUGCUGGACGACAGCAAGAAGACCAGUGCCCCACCUUUUAUUUUAGUAGGCUCGAAUGUUCAGGAAGCUCAGGAUUGGAAACCUCUUCCUGGACAUGCUGUUGUUUCUCAGUCAGAUGCCUUGAAGAGAUACACUGCAGUCCAAGUACCCAUCGCUGUUCCUGCAGAUCAGAAAUUCCAGAAACAUACCCCAAACCCCCAGAAUGGUAGUCCUCUGCCAAGUGGACAAGAUGUCCCCAGGCCACAAAGCCCAGUUUUUCUCUCUGUCGCAUUCCCAGUAGAAGAUGUAGCCAAAAAAGGUUCAGGAUCUGGUGACAAACGUACCCCCUGUGGAAGUUAUGGUAUUGCUGGAGAGAUAACCGUGACCACCGCCCAUGUCCGCAGAGCAGAAACUGGGAACUGGCAGGUUCGAAUACUACAUUGCAUUUCAGGAGACAACUCGGUUAUCAAAUCUUAGGUCUACGUGCCCUUAUUCAUCACCCCCUUUGUAGACUUUUAGCAGAAUUGUCAAAAUGGCUUUCUCAGCAUGAAAUGCUGGGAUAUUUCGCUGCAA